AUGGAGCUCCUCACACUCCCCCCUCUGCCCAUCCUGGAGGUGCUGCGCCGCCUAAACGCCCGCAGCCUGGUGGCGCUGCAGCAGACCAAUAGCUACUUCAGUCGCAAGGAGCCGGGCAGCCGGCUGCCGCUGCUGGAGCACGUAGCGCGCGAAAAAGUCCUGGCGCUCGCUGGAGGCGACCCGGCCCAGGCCCAGCGCUUCAGGCACCGCAGCUGGAGCGAGCGGCUGCACCUAGAGGAGGCCACGGGCGCUGGCUUUGACCGCGAGUUCAGCGAGGCAGGCGGCUUCCGCUUCCAGUUCAGCGAGGGCGGCGACGCCGUGCGCUCGGUGCGCCUCACCGGCAUGGGCCCCAAGCUGCUGGUGUCGGAUACCAGCACCCGCGAGCAGGGCGUGCUGCGCUGGCGCCUGCGCGUCAAGGGCAACACGGCGGUCGAGUUUGGCGUCAUCCCCGCCGACCUGCCGCCCAGCCACACCGCGCUGCACAAGUGCAUGUCGGCGCCAGACACGCCGCACCAGCGCGCCAUGGGCUUCUGCUCCCAGAUAACGGCGGGCAGCCUGCUGCCGCUCAAGGCGCCCGUCAUGCGCGGCACGGUGCUGGAUGUGGUGGCGCGGCGCGGCCACCUGGAGGUGGUGCUGUCCUACCCCGAGGACGCCAAGGAGAUCAGCUGGCAGAACGGGCAGCCGGUGCAGCGCCCGUACCGCGGCCCCGCCCAGCUGCGCUUUGAGCAGGACUUCUGCCCCGACUUUGACGUGCGCCUGGCGGUCACAUCCUGGGCCAAGGCGCACUUUGAGGUGCUGCACACGGGAUACAGCGUGGACCCAGAGUGGGCCGUCGAGUCGGCUGCCGCCGAGCAGGCUGCCGCCGAGUACGAGGUGGCGGAGGCGGCUGCUGCGGCCAUGGCGCUGCCAGAGGAGCUGCUGGCCGGCGCGGCGGAGCCGGCUGCGGAGCCGGGUAUGGCUGCUGAGCUGGCGGCGCCGCUGCUGCACCACGCGCCCCCGCCGGGCGUGGCAGCAGAGUAUCACGGGCAACAGGCUGUGGCCGCUGCGGCGGCGCCCCGCCAGCUACUGGACGAGGUGCAGGCGCUGCGCCUGGAGCAGCAUGCGGCGACGGCGCUGCAUGCACACCAGCUGCAGCAGAUGGUGGCUGGCGCGGUGCACGCGGCGGCGCAGGACGCGGCGGCGACCUCCGCGGCGGCGCCGGCGGCAGACGCGCAGCAGCUGGCUGCCAGCCCGCUGGCUGAGCCCGCCUCGGCUGCGGCGGCGGACGACCUGGCGCUGCUCCGCGAGCUGCAGGCAGCACCGGCCGAUCUGCUGGCUGGCGUGCAAGCGGCAGCGCUGGACCUGGAGGGACCAGGCGCGCAGCUGGCCGCGGCAUCGCUGCCAGACGCCGCGCCAGCAGCAGUGGCAGGGGCGACGGUGGGGCUGACGGCGCCCCUCGCGCUCUGCCAUGCCACCUCCACAGACCUGUCAGAGGACGGCCACCUGCCGGGGCCCUCGCACACCUGA